AGCACGCUUUUUAGGUGCCCCUCCCUAUCGUACGUAUUCGCACGUUUCCUGUUGUGUCUACACCUUUCCUCUCCCCUGCGGCGUCAUUGCGCGAGAGGUCCCCUCAUUCUUCUUUACGCGUUCCGACACACCGCCCUCUCCUUCAAAAGAAGGAACACACACGCAAGCGACGGGAAGACAAGAUUCCCUUCAAAGGGCGGUGCAAUCCUUUCGACCUCUUUGCUGCGCGACUCUUCAUAGUUGUUGGUUUUCUCCCCCUUUCCUUCACACAUACACACACACACACGUACACUCUCUCUCUCUUGUAUUUAAGAGAGGAAAAGAAAAGCAAACAUGGUGGAACUGAACUCUAUGGCUGGCAAGGCAUUGGUCGGUAUCGCCAGCGGCUCCCCCGCACCCGCCACCGACGGCGCACGUGAGGCGGCGAGCCUCUUCCUGUUCGAUGUCACGCAAUCCCUCCGCUGGCACGCCGUCGCGGCUGGUGUGGCCCUCGCCGCCACGCCGCUGGUGUACCAACUCUCCCGCAUCGUCGCGCAGCGCUACCGGGCAGAGUUGGUGAGCGCGGCAAAAGAUGCGGUGCAGCGCGAGGAGCUCUUCAACGGUGCAGAGGCCGACGGGGUGUUGAUCGACCCGGCCGACGAGGGCGGUAUUACCAUUUCCUACAACACGCUAUCGAGUGCGCGGCGGCAGCGUCGGCGGGCGGACGGCGACGAAGGCGGCGUUGCUGCUUCCGCUGCCCAAGAUGGCGAUGGCAGCAGCAGUGGCGGCAGCAGUGGGGAAUCGGCCACGUCACGCGCGACCGCCGCCUCGUCGGCGCUGGCGAUGCGCGUCGGCCGCCGCCACUCGUGGGCCGUCUCCUCCUUUGCUCGACAAGUGCUCGCGGUGCAGCGGGUGCCGACGGUGCAGUUUGUGCGCACCUGCAGCCGUGCCGCGGCGUGCCAGUACUGCGUGGUGGUCCUGCGGGUGUGCAUGACGAGCUGCGUUCUGUGUGUUGCCUCGCUCUCCGUGACGCUCGCGUGCUGUACGAUGCUGGACAAGGUGAUCCCCAUGGUGCGGAGCAGUACCACCACGAGUGGCCUUUCCGCCGCCAUGCCAAUAGCAGAGGAAGGUGGGAUGUGUCUCAGAUCGAUGGCGCGUAGUUUCUUCUGUGCGCCGCUCUUUCACUCCGCGCUGCCGCCGUCGCCGUCGGUGGGGUGCAGCUACGGCCUCUAUGAUUUUAGCGUGUCUGUCAGCGGUGUCUGGUCGCGGCUGCUGCCGAAGCUGGACGUCGUGCAGGCGUUGUAUCGGCGAGUCUUUGGCCGUCUGCAGCCCCUCCAUGCGGAGUGGCGUGACGCUGACCUUUUCAGCCGUGUGCCGGAUGCCGCCGCCGCCGCCGCCACGACAACAGCGCACGCACGCGCGGAUGCAGUGUGGGCUGCGCUGACGCCGCGCGGCUACUUUGUGGUGACGCUGCUCCCCCGGCUGCCUUGGCGCGUGCUGGGCGGGUUGCAGUGGGUGAGUGGAAAGGUGUCGAAUGCGGUGCUGCGACGCUGGUGUGGGGCGGUGACAACGGCGGCGCAGCCGCCACCUGCCCCACCCAAGUCGUCCCCUCCGCCGAGAAACAGGUCGGCGAGUCGCAAUACACUGUCAUCGUCGUCGCAGCGACAGCAGCAGCCACCGAAACACAAAAAGCUGAUCCACGCGCCGCUGGCGCAGGCGGUGACGCUCGUGACGAGCGAUGUUGUGUUUGCAGGGAUUGUGUUUGCAGCGACGCUGUUCGUGUCAAAUGACAGUGGCGGGCCGCGGGCCCUCGUGCACAACGCCGCGGGAGCGCGUUACAACGUGUUCUGCUGGGUAGAAGCCGUCUCGAGCCUUUUGAAUCUUGCUGUUCUCUAG